CGUUAGCUAGGUCCGUAUCCUGAUAGGCUCAGAGUGUGUAGGAAGCACUUAGGUAGCAGUAGUGGUUUUCGUAUCAUGUUUUAGGGGUCGUUCCUUAAACUUGUUUUGUUUUGUUCUGAGGCUUCAGGUAGGCAAGAAUAAUUUCUCUACCUCGCUGUUGGGAGUCUGAGAUUGUGUUACUACUCCCAGAGAAGUCCCUUUCCCUUUCCCGCAUCUUUCCUUUAUGCACACCUUACUCUUAGGCUGGUUAGACUCGCCCUCCUUUCGCCUAGAUGUGUCGCCGUUUCAGUUGCUUUUAGUCCUGCUCUUUGGGAGAAGUCCAGCGUCCAGUGAUCUUUCCUGCCCUCGUUAGCGGAUCCCCUCCCGCCGUCACUUGCAGCAGUCAGGAAUGGAGCCUGACAGCUCUCCGGAGUCCCCAUCGCCGGAGGGCUCUUCCUCGCCUGGAGAGUGCCCUUCUUCCGCCCUCGGACCGGCCUUCUCCCAGAUUUUGCACCAUCUUACCAGCCAGGGGCCCCGGCGGAGCGAGGCCAGAAAUGCAGCUCUUCAAGACCUCAGUGUUCUCGUAGAAGCCACAGAGUGCGAUAAGUUAUUUGAGGGGAAUGGCGCGUCGCUCGGUGGAACGCCCGAGAUGCUGGGGAAGGUGGCGAAAGCCCUGGAGAAGUAUGCAGCCCCAACCAAGGAGCAGGAACGUGGAGGGGAUGGUUUCUCUGCAGUGGCAGAGAAGGCGGCGGCCGUUGGGUUACUGUUUAUGAAGCUGUUGAGGAAAGUUGAGUCUGCCAAGAAUUCUUUGGUUUGCUUUUCAUGGAAGACAGUCCUACGACGUUUGGCUGGACCCAUCUAUAUUUUUGCCGUCACACACAACCUGGAGCAACCAUGGACCAGGCCAGCAUCUCAGGACGUUGCUGGAGAGGUGCUCGUCUUGUUGCUUCAAGUUGCUGAGUGUGGUUCUGUGGCAGGAUUUCUCCACGGAGAAAAUGAAGACGAGAAAGGGAGGUUUACUAUGAUAAUGGGGCUUCUCAAGCCCGAUUUGAAUAAGGAAUCCUGGAAGAAUAACCCUGCCACCAAACAUGUUUUCUCAUGGACUCUGCAACAGGUCACUCGACCCUGGCUGAACCAACAUCUAGAAAGGAUACUUCCCCCAUCAUUGCUCAUCUCAGAUGACUAUCAGACUGAGAACAAAGUCCUGGGUGUACACUGCCUCCAUCACAUUGUGCUUAACGUGCCUGCUGCUGAUUUGCUCCAGUAUAACAGGGCCCAGGUCCUGUACCACGCCCUUUACAACCAUCUGUACACACCGGAGCACCAACUCAUUCAGGCUGUGCUGCUCUGUCUGUUGGACUUAUUUCCGGUCCUAGAGAAAGCCCUGCGCUGGAAGGGAGAUGCCGCUCGACCCACCACACACUGUGAUGAGGUCCUGCAGCUGAUCCUGACCCACAUGGAGCCAGAGCACCGCAUUCUCUUACGCAGGACCUAUGCAAGAAACCUUCCAGCUUUUGUGAAGAGAUUGGGGAUCCUAGCUGUCCGGCACUUGAAGAGGCUGGAGCGAGUCAUCCUUGGUUAUCUGGAGGUUUAUGAUGGGCCGGAGGAGGAGGCUAGAUUGAAGAUGCUGGAAACCCUGAAACUUCUCGUGCAGUAUACUUGGCCAAGAGUUCCCUGUAGACUUGUGGUCCUACUGAAGGCUCUCUUGAAACUGGUAUGUGAUGUGGCAAGGGAUCGAAGCCUUACACCUGAGCCUGUUAAGAGCGCCCUGUUAGAGGAGGCCACAGCCUGCCUGAUUCUCCUGGACCACUGCUCUCUGGGACAAGUGAAGGGUCUCCUGGCCAAAAUUCUCCAAAGCUGUGACGACAGCAAGGUGGUGAACUGUAUCAGAAAAGUGCAGCAGGUUUCUGAAGGUGCACCCCACAAUGGAAGUUAAGAUUUGUAUUAUUUUCCUAAAGAGGAGAGGACUUUCUUCCUAUGUAAAUGGAACUAUUUAAGGAAAAAAGUAUUUUUAUACUGGACAUUAUUCUUUAGAUCUUCUUUUUC